UUUUCGGGCAGUAAGAAACGGGUCGUUUCGGGCAUACUCUCGGAUCAUCUCUCGCUCUCUUCGUUCAUCGCCACCUUCGUCUCUCUGCGCGGUGGGCAUUCUCACUGGGAGAUGAGCAACCAAGCAGAUAUGAGCAACCAAGCAGAGCAAGAUCCCAUGGCCAAAGCCACUAUCGCAGCCGAAGAGCUUUACCACACUCGGGACACUUAUUUUCCUGCAAACCCAGAUGAGAAAAUCUCCAAACUGCAAACAGAAUCCGAUCUUGCUCUCAAGCUCCUCGAUUCUGUUCCUCCAGAACAAAGGAAAUUGCCCAUGCAGCGUGCAGCAUAUGAAUAUCUGAGAGGAAAAAUAUUGGAUGUAUUUCCAGACUAUAGGAAAGAAGCAGAGGAUCAUCUCUCAAAAGCUGUUAAGUUGAAUCCAUCUCUUGCAGAUGCUUGGCUGUGUUUAGGCAACUGCAUUUGGAAGAAGGAAGAUCUAUCUGCAGCAAAGAACUGCUUCACUCUUGCAUUAAGCAAGGGUCCUAACAAAAAAAUACUUUGUCAGUUAUCCAUGCUUGAAAGAAGAAUGGCUCAAGGAACUGAGAAUGAGGUAGAACUUAUUGAGGAAAGCAUCCAGCAUGCAAAGGAAGCUAUUACUUUGGACGUCAAGGAUGGGAAUUCUUGGUACAAUCUAGGAAAUGCAUGCCUUACCAGUUUUUUCGUGACUGGAGCUUGGGAUCACAGCAAACUUCUGCAGUCUUUGAAAGCAUACCAAAAUGCUGAGAAAGAUGAAAGAAUGAAGUCCAAUCCAGACCUUUAUUUUAACAAUGCUACUGUAAACAAAUAUUUAGAGAACUAUGAGAGGGCCCUCAGAGGAUUUGAAGCUGCUGCUUUGAAGGAUCCUGGUCUUAAUGCUGGAGAGGAGGUUCAAAAGAUGGUUAACCUUCUUGACAAGUUGGAGAAUAUGUUGAGGGGACAUGCUCGAGCUAAACGACUUGCAUCUUUAGCAUCAUCGCUGGGAGCUGUUAAUUUGAGUUCCUCAUACAAACAAGCCACUAUAGAUCUUCUGUUGGAAGGUCUGAACAAAGCAGUUGCAGUUGUAGGGAAAGUGGUAUUCUUCAUUAAGCAUGAAGGCAUUGCUCCCCUAUACUACCUGGUAUGUGAUUCAAAUCAAAUAUGCUUCAUUCUGUCACUCUAUGGCACACGCAAUGAUGCGAUCAAAGAAGGAGAUCAGCUAUCUUUAUUGGAACCUUAUUAUCGUUACAUUGAUUUUUCUUGGAAGGGAAAGCAUUACCAGUUCAAGUCAAUUCGUGUUGAUUUCUUGGAACAAGUUCUUGUGAAUGGCAAAGCUCUGUCUCCUCGCCAAGCAGUCCCUACAUCCAUCUUUGCACAACAUAAACCAUGAAAAGUUGAAUCAAGUCACUUUUGUUCUUUGAUGGGUUUUGCUGGUCUUCAUUCACUUUGUGCUGUAUCAUUUGUAAAUAGUAUAGGGAUAAAAAAAAAAACUACAGGAAAAUGGUUUUUGCCUGGAGUGAAAUAGUGCAAAUGGAUUAACUGGAAAUGGUUCAUUAUGAUUUAUGUGGAAUUGCUCAUAGAUGAAUAUUGAACGAAGUUACAAAAUUGCUUCUUUCGGAUAUUUCUGAGGUUUCUGUGGGAUGCCAAUGCAUGGUUUUGUAAUCGCCAUGUAUUCAGUCCAAAAUGUAUCGUGAACUACUCCAUUAUUUUACUCUGUUGACAGAA